AAAUACUCUUAUAAAUUAUUAUUAUUUUGCUAAUCUAACCAUCCAAACAAGAAUAGUUUAAACAUGUGUCACCAUGGAUUAUCUCUCUUAAAUUUAAUUAAUAGCCCAUAGACGUCUGAAUAAUUACCAUCUGCCCCUUGUUUUCUCCAUCUAUAAAUUCCGCCUUGGAGACUCAUUAGGUUUGCCAAACCAAUCCCCGAGGGGGCCCUUUAGGGAAAUUCUUCUUCUUCUUCUUCUCCUUUCUUUCUCUCUUUUUCUCUCUCUUACCUCUCAUCAAUGUCGACGUCUUAUUCUUCUUCUAGAAAAACCAGGUCGAGUGGACCAGUGUUGCGCUCGCUCUCACCCUGCGGUCGUUUCUACUCCCCGCCAUCCAAUUCUUCACAAUCAUCUUCGUCUUCUUCUUUUGCUUCUUCUUCAAGUUUCAGCUUCUACCCUUCAGCUUCCAGCUUCUUCCAGAAAGAUCAUCACCGUCCGUCCUCUCCAACUCGAGUCAACAUUAAUUACAACAACUCAGCUUCUCGAUCUUCGUCCGUUAGCUUCUCCAUUGACCAGUACCGUUCGAUCUCUCCUAAUCGAUCCAUCUCCGUAUCCAAGCAAAGCCGUCCAGUUUCUCUGACGAAGAAGACUUGUAUGUGCUCUCCAACUAAUCAUCCUGGAUCAUUCCGUUGCAGCCUUCACAAGAAUCUAAACAAUGGUGGUGGAAAUCAAAGUACGGUGCCUUAUCCUUCUAAUCGUCUCAACAUGCGCAGAUCGGCUAUGACGAACUCGCUGGUUCGAAUCGGUGGCGUUGAAGGCGAAUGGGUGAAGCGAGCUUUAACCGCGUUGAUCCGACCUUCUUCACAUCAGCAGAGGAGGCGAGCGGGAUUUCGGCCUACUCGAAGUCGUCUUUUGAUCAUGUCCAAGGCGGAUGAUCUCUGAUUUGGUUUCCCGCAGGUUGGUUCAUUUUCUGGUCAGUAUUGUACUUUUCUCAUCUCAGAUUCCGGCUGAUAAAUAUGUCCGAAUCCGGCGUGUAUUUUAUUGAGUUGCAAUGUGUGAGUCGUUGGAUUCUGCGGCAGAGACUUGGUCAGCUCUGGCGAUUAUGAUUGAAGGAGGUUGCUGAUUCGAUUGGAUAGAGUUUUUGUACUUGGAGAUCUCAAAAACCCUAGAAUUUUAUUGCGACAUGACAUGACUCGAGUGAAAGAGAACUCCCUUUGUAUAUAUGAUUUGCUAUAGAAGCACACAUUUUCGAUCGGGACAUAA